AUCCGACACUGUUUUGGAAAUAGAAUAAGCCAUUGAAAGGAGAAGAAGAGCACAGUGAGUUGUUGAUAAGAUGGAUGGAAUCGGAGAGGACGGUGGAGGAAUAAGGCUGAGCAAAAGGUUUUCCGAUGACAAGCCCGGCACUUCGGCGGAAGUCGAUUACAAGACAAAAGCAGGCACCGCUUGGAGCCAUUCCUAUCUCAACCAAAAGCCAUGGCAUCCCCUCUCCUAUCCCAACCAACGCCGCAAGUGGAUCGCCGAACAGACCCAUGCCCAGCGCACCCGCCGUGCCGAAGAAGUUGCCCGCGAGUAUUCUCAAGAGCAAGAAUUCUUUCGCCAGACUGCUUUAAUUUCGAAGAAGGAGAAGGAAAAGAUGGAGAUGAUGAAAGCUGUUAGCUUUAUGUAUGUUCGUCCGCCUGGUUAUAAUGCUGAAAGUGCCAAAGCGGCUGAGGUCGCCGAUGAGAGGAAAAUUACCGAGCAAAAUUCCAAUGAUCAUUCGACAACAAUGCCACCGGAAUCUUUGCCUGGUGGAUGUACUAUGACUAAAGAGAAGCAGAAAUUGAGACCGAAAGAUGUUUUCGGACGAGCUUUACCAACAGAGGAAGAGUUUGAAGUUCUUAAAAAUGCCCCGCGGUUGGAGACUGGUGUUCCUGGUAGGGUUAAACCAUUUGCUGUUGAAGUCCGUAAUGUGAAAUGUCUUCGAUGUGGAAAUUAUGGGCACCAAAGUGGUGACCGUGACUGUCCAUUGAAGGAUAUUAUAAUGCCAAAUGAAGAGAGCCGUUUGAAAAGAGAUGACCCCUUGACUGCUAUAAUGGCUCAAAUGGAUCCUACUGAGCCUCCGAAGUGGGAGCUGAAGCAAAAACCAGGUUUGAGCCCUCCUCGUGGUGGAUUUCGACCAGAUGAUCCAAAUCAACAAAUAGUUGCCGAGGAUAUAUUUGAUGAGUAUGGAGGAUUCCUUUGUGGGGGUAAUAUUCCUGAUUUGCUGACUAACAUCUCUUGCAAACCCAAGAAAAGGAAGUCCUCAAAAAAGAGAAAACAGAAGAUGAAGUCAUCUCCAAGUUGUUGGGACUCGGAGGAUCCUAAUCAAGAUGGCUUAUCCUCAACUUCUGGUGAUGAUGAGAGAAAGCCGAAGGAGGAGAAGAAGACCAAGAAGAAGAAAAAGCGGAAUCAUUCUGGGUCAAGUUCUUCUGAUAGUGCAGAAUUUGAUAGGCAUCAAAGACGAAGAACACACAAGCAUCUGCACACAUUGGAGGACAGAGACUAUGGGAAGCAAUACAGGACUAAAGAAAGCAGAGAAAAGCGUUCAUAUGCAUCUGAAGAUUCUGACUCUAAUCAGGAACACUCUGGUAAAAAGAGCAAGACAAAGCAUUCUUAUUCAUCUGCGGAGGACUUUGAUAGGCAUUAUAGGAAGAAAAAGAGUACCCACAAGCCUUAUACAAUGGAUGAUAUGGAUGCUGGUGGUAGACACAGGAAGAGUAAAAAGAGCAGACAAAGGCAUUCUAAUUCAUCUGAUGAUGAGAAUUAUGGAAAUGAUAGGAAAAGUAAAAACAAACAUUCCUAUUCAUCUGAAGAUUCAGACCGUGGUAGGCAUGAGUGUAGGAAAAAGACCAUGCAAAUGCAUUAUAACUCGGAAUCAGAAGAUCCAGACACUGUUAGGCGUAAUAGGAGUGAAAAGUACAGACAUAAACAUCGUUAUUCAUCUGAAGAUGAUGCUCAUCGACACCUUAAAUGUGAAAAGAGUCGGAAUAAGCAUUCAUCAUCACGCAGAAAUGAAGAUUCUAGCUCUGAUGCAGAGCGAAGAAGUAAACAUCGUCGUCAUCACUGAAACAGCCAUAAGCUCCCAAAUUUUGCCAUCAGAAUGAGAAUCUGAUUGUUUUUUGGCGUAUACCAGAUUGUGAUGACAAUGCAGAGGGGUGGGGGAAAUUAUAAUGUUGUUACUAGCUAUGAUGACCCAGAAGCAGAAGAAAUGAAAUAUCCUUGCCUGAACAUGACUUCAAUCGCUUGUCAGCCUUGAACCAAGUGAAGCUAAAUGGAUCUUGACCUUCUCUUUUGAUGUUUAUGCGUCUGCUAUUGAUGUUAAAAACUGAUGAAUCAUGGAGUUUUUCUCAUUGUAAAACACAUUAUUACAGGCCUGGAAACAUUAUUCAGCACGGUCUUUCAGUGAUGGUAUUGUGAGGAGCAAGAACAUCAUAUAGAAUUACAGAUCAUCGUCAAAUCUUUGAUGUGCGUCUUGCAAUCUCGCAUUUUAGGAAGUAAUUC